UACAGAGUGCAUGGAAUGGGUGAGGAAUACCGUGAUUCGGCCCGGCAGUGGAGGGGCUAUGCUCGCUUACUGCUGGUGCUCCUUGUUAUUUUCAUUGUAGGGUUUGCUGUUAUGAUCAUUUAUUACGAAAUUGUCCGUCGUCCUAAGUGCGACGUCUGCCAUCGAGAAAUAGACACAGAACGCCACAGUCUGGGCGCUCCGGGUCACAGUUUAUUCUGGGACCUGACGGAAAACGAGACACGAGCUGUGGGACAAUAUUUAUAUUCCGACAAAACAUUUAAUUUUACGAAGAAAAGGUUCGCCCCGAAUUCCUGCUAUUUGUAUAACAUAGAGCUGUUACUGCCCAACAAAAUGUCUGCUUUGAAGUUUCUUGACUUUUUAGAUAGCCCUGAGCCGCCCAAGGAGGUCCGUGUGGUGUUAUUCCGUGGCGACAAAUCGCCACCUGUAGUGGAGGAGUAUGCUGUGGGCCCACUGAAUAAUAUAGAAUAUCACCGCCUUAUUGCGUCCGCGCCUUACAGAUUCAGACCAAUGUCGUCCAUUGAGAACCGAAGCGUUCGGAAAUUAAUGAAGCAAGUUGAUUUUACGCUGAAAUUCGUGCUCGAAGAGACUUUCGAGGCCAGCUUUUUUCACUGUGUUUCCCAGUGUUUGACAUUGGACUAUUACACGCCCGUGUCUCCUGCAGUAUCAGGUAGAAACGAGCGACUGGUGUGGUACUGGGCUCAUUACAAGGUAGAAUUUCCGGUGCUCAACCCUGUUGACUUCUUCAUUUUGUUUAAUCUAGAAGGACCUGAUUCAAGAAAGUAUCAGAUAGAGCGGCUGAGGUUUAUGGGACAGGAGUAUCGUACUCCCGAGGAACUAUUAGAGGCAUAUCUUUCCGGAAAUGUUAUGCUUACUCCUGUGCCUUUCCCAGUAGAUCCGAAAAUGUUUCCUUUUAAUGAGGUUCCUAAACCGUUGUUGAGAUUGCGUAGUCCAAAGAUGGUAGAACCUGAUGGACAUAGAUACUCUGUCAACCAGGGAAGAAUUCAGUAUAUGGAGUGGGACUUCCACUUCCGGAUGUCGGCAACAACCGGACCACAGUUACUGGAUGUGAGGCACAGAAACAAGCGUAUUGUGUACGAACUCAGUCUUCAAGAAAUAGCAGCUUCUGCCUCCGGGCAUCAGCCAUGGUUGCGUUAUUCCAAUAUGGUUUUCAGUGGCAUGUUACUUGAGAUGGAUGGUGAAGAUACAAGCCCAACAACCAACUCCAGGUUUUCUUUCUCCAGAACCAGCAGUACUGGUUCUAUCCCAGCAGGCUGUUUCUCCUCAGCAUCCUCAGCCCAGGGAUCCGAUGAAGAAGACAGUGACAGUAAACCUACUUUGAGUUACAAAGACAGACGCAGGGAAGCCCACACCCAAGCAGAACAGAAACGCAGAGAUGCCAUUAAGAAAGGUUAUGAUGAGCUACAGUACAUAGUUCCAACAUGUCAGCAGACAGACCAAAUUGGUGGAACAAAACUGAGCAAAGCAACAGUUUUACAGCGAUCCAUUGAUUACAUCCAGUUUUUGAUCUCUCAGAAGAAGAAACAGGAAGAAGAACUGGAUUCCCUGAGAAAGGAAGUCAUGGCACUGAAGAUCAUGAAGGCAAACUAUGAACAUAUAGUAAAAACACACCAGAAUACCCCCAUGCAUGGACAAAAUUUGGUGUCAGAUGAGAAGAAAUUUCAAGUGUUUCAGAACAUCAUGGAUAACCUGUUCCAGUCAUUUAAUGCCAAUAUUUCGGUGUCGAACUUCGCAGAGCUGUCAGGGAGCGUUUUCAAUUGGCUGGAGGAAUACUGUAAACCCCAGAACGAAAAUGACAAUAGUGUCUCGGAGAAGAACCUGAGCAUCAUUGAGGAGAUCAAGCAGGCCGCGGAGGAAGCUGUACAGGAGACCGGAUACGUUUACGACGAGGCAUCUGGGCUCUAUUACGACAAAAAUAGUGGCUAUUAUUAUGAUGCUGAGACAGCCCUUCAUUAUGAUUCCCAUACAGGUACCUAUUACACGUAUGACUCUUACUCCAGGACUUACAUCUUCCACUCCCAAGUUGAUCCUUCUUACUUGCAACAAUCUCAGGGAGAGACAGCAUAUCCGUGCCACUUUGAGGCUAACAGACAGUGCGAGCAAAACUCGUUCAAGGAUUACCGAGACCUAGCUGUUGCACCCACUGCAAACUCGAGUACCACACCCAGCAAGAGCAGUAAAAAACGCAAAAAUAAGACUAAAAAGGAUAAAACCACUAAAGUCUUAAAGGUUGAUGAUAGUAAGGAAAAGUCUGACUCUUUGCAAAAUUUGAAUUGUAACAAUUCAAAAAACCAGGAAAACUGUUCAGAAAAGGGAGAACUAAAUAUGGAGGAAGAUGGAGAAAUAGCCACUGAGGUGGAUGAGCAAUUGAAAAGUGUAGCAGCAUCAGAGGAUUUGGACAUGAAUGUAUCUCAAAUGGAGUUUGAUGAAAAUGCCAAAUUGAACAGUCAAUUCCAGAUAGAUGAAUCUGAAUUGCAAGGUUUAAACAGGAAACAGAGAAGAGAGAAAAUAAGACUAUUAAAGAAGGCAUUUGAGGAAAAAUUGAGGCAGGGUGAUUUAAGAACUUGUGAGGUUUCAGACAAUGGAAGGACUUGUUCAGAGAUAGUUGAUAAAUUUGAUCAGGUUUGUUCUUCUGUGAACAGUGGGCAAGAACCCGAGAUGAUUGAGACAGGGUACAGUAUGUAUGGCUGUGAUGAGUUGUGUUCGUCCUCGGAUUCUUCUGUGGUGAUGGAAGAGAUGAGCAUUCACUCCAGUGUCAUUGUGUCUGACUCCAGUGGAACAACCAUUACCUCCACAUAUAGUCUCCAAAAUACUACUAUACAGGACUUCCUCAGUACGGCUAGUGAAAAUGUAAAAAAGGAGGACCCCCAGGAUCAGACAGGGGACCUUGAAGGUUCUGUACCGAUUCCUGUCUGUGGAAAGUGUGAUAAAACAGGGGACAAAGUUCUUGUGACCGGUCAGUUUCAGGAUGAAAUCACCUAUCGAGGGAAUCUUAGUGAUGACACUCAAAAUGCUGUGGAUUAUGAUUUUGUGGCCAAAGUCAAACAUGAAAAUAGUGAUGUAAGAUGUACACUUGAUGGUAAUUCUGAUUUAAAAAAAGACAUUCAAGGUCAUGAAAUCUUGGAUCAAAAGGACUCGCAGUCAAUGUCAUGUGAUCUCAAUGAAUCAAUGGAAGAUAAUGAUUCCACUGUGAAAAGCUCUUCUCAUGUUGAUUCAUACCUCAGAUCUUCUGAACUUACAAUGAAGAGUGCCAACAUUGACAAUGUGGAGAGCCUCUCUUUGAAUCUUUUACAGACCAGUGAUAAAACAUCGGAGUUUCGGGACUCGGAAGACAGUAGAUCUCUCUGUACAGAUGAGUCUGAGCUUGAGUCUGGCGAGCUAACAGACAGCUCAGACGAGAGUGAAGAAAGUUCAGAAGAGGAUGAGCUAAUUGUUCAAGGAGAGGAGCCAGUGGAAGAUCAAGAUCCACAUAACCUUCCACCAUGUAUCCGUAUCAUUGUGAUGGACUCUGACCAUCUGGAUUAUGGAUCACUUUUCAUCAUCACAGUUGACGGAGGGACAAUAGGAAGGGAGAAGAACCAAGGGAACCUCAUCAUCAUACCAGAUAUAAACAUAAGCAAGGUUCAUGCUCAGUUUCAGUACAAUGCUGACAGCCGCCAGUACAAUCUGAUGGAUUUUGGAAGUCAGAAUGGGACAUUCCUUAAUGAACAUAGAAUAUCUGAGUCCAAAUGUAGCAGUGCUGCAGUGCCAGUAAAGCAUGGGGACACGGUACAGGUGGGGUGUACACGCCUCCUUUUACACAUCCACCCAGGCAACGACACAUGUGAGGAGUGUGAACCGGGCAUCAUCCAGGCUGCUUUCCUGGCCCAGCAAGCAAAGAGUAUUCCUAUUUUGUCCAAAGAAGAGAAGAAAAAGCAAGCAAGACAGGAACUAAAUCAGAUUAAAAAGAAAUAUGGAUUAAAGAAUGCUGCUUAUGAAGAAAACAGUGCAGUAAAAAACCCAAACUAUCAAGACAGGGCAGACGAACGCAGGAAAACCAAAGGGAGUGACAAUCCUCACCAGGUGGAUGAAGCCCCCGCUUCUGUACACAGACCAAUUACACAAGGCAAUGUUGGACACAAAAUGUUGAAGAAAAUGGGUUGGAGCGAGGGACAGAGUUUGGGAAAAGAUAACUCGGGCAUCCAGGACCCUGUCACCGUGAACUUUAGAGCGAAUCAGAAAGCAGGCUUAGGUUCAGUAGAGGCCUGCUCCACUUCUUUAGAUGACGUUGGAACAGCAAAGAAAAAUAAACGGUGGUUACAGGCACAACAAAGGUAUAGGAAGGCAGAAGUCAACCAACAACUACCCACCCCUGGGUGGGUCAAAGAUGACAGCUAAACCCCACUGAUUCCAUGUAUAGGGAGUACUGGUAAUAUCCACAUGGGAGUCAUUGAUGACUGAGGAACUGUUAAGUUUGCAAAGUGACUAACAGUAGUCAAAGUACCUUUUAGAUGAUGAGGACACAAGCUUUUAUUGACCCAGUGAUUUCUACUAGAGAGACAGAGGAGUUUUAGACUAGUUUCAGUGCAGCCAGAAGUAAUGUUAUUUGAUUGAUGUACAUGUACCAGUAUGCAAUUUCUGAUCUCUCCUUCCAAAGGAUAACAUUGUAUUUAUUGGCAGCACAGCUCCAGUUUUUUACCCAGACAUUGUUAAGUUGAAUGACUGAAUAAUAAAAAAAAAAACUAAAGAAUGAAAAAGUGUUCACAUGACAUCUUCCAGAAUUAUUUCACCAGUGCAGAAUGACUCACUGUUUUCUAAAUAAUAAUGGUUACUAGUCUCAGCCAAUCUGAUUAAAAUAAGAUCCUAGAUGCUCCUGUUUGUUUUCGUUCAUCAUAUAAACUUGAGUUUCCAGGAUCUGAAUUUAAUCAGAUCGUUGUCCCAGCAUCCAUUGUCUUAUCCCAUGGCAAGGUUCGAUAACCCUUCAUUCAAGGAUCUUAAUGCCUUGUUUACGGUACAUCGGACAAGCUGUAGUUUAAGGUCAUCUUUAAGUAAUGGGAGAAGCCUACACGUCUCUUAAAAUAAUUCUGAGAUG